GGUUUUAAAAAAUCCAAUGGAAAAUGAAGUUUAAAGAUGUUCACUAAAUUUCUCAUAGUUAUUGCUCUUCAGAUGUACCUUCAGGUAGACGGAACUUUAGUGACCAACUGCAAGUGUACCUUCUAGGUUCUAACAAGAAAAUACCCCUUCCUUCUGUCUUACAUCUUGUAUUUUGUAGAGCAAGGAUAAAAAUUACGCAAAAAAAUGAUUAGAUUGCAUCAGAAAAAAAGAAUUUCAAAAACAGGAGAAUAUACACAGUCAACACUGUCUAUUGCAAGCUUAUAGGAAAAGAAAACAGAACAUGAGGAGCUGUUAAGACUGAAGAUAACAAUCUACCAAGAUAAAUUUUAUUCUGUAAAAUUGUCAUACAGCAUGUGAUCUUAACAUAUCCUCUAUGUCUUACAUAAACAUUUGCAUAUGUAUAUUCGUGUGUGUGCUGACUUUGAGUUUCUUAUUUACCUCUUGAACCUUAUUGGCACUAUGGUAAAUGGGUUCUGCCUCCCAAUUUUAAUUAUGUAUUGAGCAUUCAAUCAAAAUCUGGCUACUACACAUCAGACUGUCACCAACAAUGGCAUGGGUCCUCUCGCCCUUUUACGAAUAAAAAAGAAGUGCAAAUUUGAAGAUUUAUAAUUGUUGUUAUAUAAGCUGGUCCACUUUUUGCAGAUGUUAAGAAACCUGUGAUUGGGAUGUAACGGUAAUUGUACAAAUAUGCAAAUGAUAUAGGCUUAACAUGCAAAUGCAGAGUGGUUGAUAAGUCUGUAAUCCUUGCUUACAACACAAAUCCUUUUUCUGUCAUUGUUGUGUAGUUGCCCCAGUUUUGUGAUUUGCUUUCAGCUUAAAAUGAUAGUUGGACAUGCCACAUGUCUACCAAAUAAGUAGGUAUUAGACAGCAGUAAGGAGAGGAAGUAGGGUGUGGAUCAUCUUUGAAAAAGCUAUAGUUGUGAAUGCGUUUGUUAUGGCCCUUGUGCUGGGUGGAGCACAUGUCACUAGAUAAUGAAACUGGUCUGGAUCCUCCUGGGAUAAGGAUCAGACCUGUGUCUGGACUUGUGGCAGCUGAUUACUUUGCAGCAGGCUAUUUUGUAUGGGCAGUUUUGAUUGCCAAUUUGGCUAACAUUGGAUAUGAGGAAAAAAAUAUGUAUAUGGCAGCUUAUGACUGGAGGCUCUCAUUUCAGAAUACUGAGGUACGCGAUCAAACUCUAAGCCGCAUGAAAAGCAAUAUAGAACUCAUGGUCUCCACAAGCGGUGAGAAGGUGGUUGUGAUUCCACAUUCUAUGGGCACUUUGUACUUCUUGCAUUUUAUGAAAUGGGCUGAAGCACCGGCUCCAAUAGGUGGCGGAGGCGGAUCAGAUUGGUGUGCUAAACACAUAAAAGUUGUGAUGAAUAUCGGUGGACCUUUAUUGGGGCUCCCAAAAAUAGUCGCAGGCCUUUUUUCUGCUGAGGCCAAGGAUAUUGCCGUCGCCAGGACCGUUGCACCCGGUGUUGAUAUAUUUGGUUUCCAAACUUUACAACAUGCGAUGAGGAUGACUCGUACUUGGGAUUCAACAAUGUCGUUGAUACCAAAAGGCGGGGACACUAUCUGGGGUACACUCGAUUGGGCUCCUGACGCUAGCCAUGAUUGUGUUGCCAUGAAGGCGAAAAAGAAUGAUACUCAAGUAGCAGGUCAAAAUGGGAAAGGGGGUUUUGAUGGUUCCAAAUCCGUUAACUAUGGGAGAAUAAUAUCUUUUGGCAAAGAUGUUGCUGAGUUACAUUCAUCAAAGAUUCACAGGGUGGACUUCAGGGGGGUUGUUAAGGGUCAUAAUUUCGCAAACACAACAUGUCGGGAUGUAUGGAAUGAAUACCAUGAUAUGGGAAUUGGGGGUGUCAAGGCUGUGGUAGACUAUAAAGUAUUCUCGGUUGAUUCAGUUUUGGACCUAUUGGAAUACGUGGCUCCGAGGAUGAUGAAGCGCGGUAGCGCCCAUUAUUCGUAUGGAAUAGCUGAGAAUUUGGAUGAUGAAAAAUACGAGCAUUAUAGAUAUUGGUCGAAUCCUUUAGAAAGCAAAUUACCAGAUGCUCCUGAGAUGGAGAUACUUUGUAUGUAUGGAGUUGGAUUAGCGACAGAAAGAGCAUAUAUCUACAAGUUUAGUCCACCAAUUGCUGACUGUUACAUUCCUUUCCAGAUUGAUACCUCGGCUGAUGGUGGAAGUGAGCAAAGUUGUUUGAGAAGUGGGGUUUAUUCUGUGGAUGGGGAUGAAACAGUUCCGACUCUAAGUGCAGGUUUCAUGUGCGCCAAAGGUUGGCGAGGGAAAACGCGAUAUAAUCCUUGGGGAAUAAAAACAUACGUGAGAGAGUAUGAUCAUGCACCUCCAGCAACAUUACUAGAAGGCAGAGGAACACAAAGUGGAGCACAUGUGGAUAUAAUGGGGAAUUUUGCAUUGAUAGAAGAUGUUAUGAGAGUAGCAGCUGGAGCUACAGGGAAAGACUUGGGAGGAGAUCAAGUUUACUCCAGUAUUUUCAAAUGGUCUGACAGGAUCAACUUGCAAUUAUAG